UAAACAUAUUAAAGCAUGAUUAUUUCAUAUUUUAAUAAGCCUUUAAUAGUAAUUUUUUUAGACGGAGCACGGCUGGCUGUUAGAGGCCGCACAGAGGCCGGCCGAACCGAGCUAGGGUUAGGCUCGGCGAGACCGAUCGAGCGGAUUUUUGACCAAUCAAAACGUGAUCUCAAACAAUAACGAUUUGAACUGUCGACACGUUUGUUUACAUUUUAUUGAUUCGUGCGGAUCGAAGUUUCGUACAGAGCAGAGCCAGAGCAAAGGUGUGGAAACAUUUGAUUAGCACUUGACACUAAUUUUCUAAAAAUCAACAGAGAUGGCAUCAAGAGCAAGGGGACCUAAUGAGGAAGGAGGAUUCGUCAAAUGGGACUGGAACAAAAACAAAUACAUUUGGGUCUCAAAAGAUGACAUCAAAAAGCCUUCCAAGCCAGGCCAAUCCAAGUAUGCAUGGAAAGAUGGCAAUAAAGUUGCUGCCAGACGACCUUCGUACAAGGUUCCUGUGAAGAAGGCUUGCAGACAACCUUUACAGGUAGCCAACAAGCACGGCAAGAUCAAGACCCCAUCACCCAGAAAGCCUUCAGUAAGACGUGUCCAUCAUAAAGCUGAUUUCAUACUCCCAGGAUGCGAUGACAGCUACGACGAGGUGGACGAUAAGGAGAAUUGCUCACGUAAUGAUAAAUACAAUGCGAGAGUGGAUAGAGCUCCACCUCCAGAGCUACAUUCUGGUCAUACCACCAUCCUAUCCGUCAUGUCCAAUCGUUUGAUCCAUCUCAAUGCUGCCUUAACCUUUUGGCAUCAAGGACCUAAUGACUACAUCUCCUAUGUGAUGAGAACGGAAGAUGAUGCUGCCACAGUAGAUACACUACCUGUCCUAGUCCAUUGCUUAAAGAACAAGACACCAGUUAGCAAACAGCUAUCACUAGGAGCAUGUUUUGAUUUACUCCCUACUCUCAAGAAACUUCUAAGCAGCAAGUAUGAAGAUUACGUGAAGACGAGUCUGGAUACACUGCGUACCAUGUUAAGAUUCUGGUGGACUGAUUUGAUAGCUCACAGAAACCAAAGCUUCUCUGGUAAUUUGCAAGAAAGCAGGAGUGUGGCUGGUAUCUACAUGAGUGCGAUCGCUAUGACUGACAUCAUCACCAAACUAUGCAAGCGGCAAGAUAGUAUAGCAAAGAAAGCAGAGGUUGUUGGAACUCUCCUAGCUCAGCUCUAGAGGUCAUUAUCCAAUGUAUAUACAAGAUUGCUGUGAAGUAUGUACACUAAAUCAUGUAAGAUGGAGAUACAUGUAUAUUUCUACCCUUUUUUCUACAUUUUGUAUCGGUAAAUGUAGCAUGUAACAUUUAGUUUAAGUCCAUGUUUGUUCCCAUUUCAUUUUUAAUUACAAGAAAUAACAUUAUAAGCAUGUUUGCAUUUGUUUCAUAUUGUUGGUCACAAGUAAUAACAUUAUUGAUUGUAUGGGUAUGUUAAUUAUUUAUGACCACAUGCCUAUAACAUGAAGCUUAGUAAUUGAUAGUAAGGCUGAUUUUUUAAAAAUUGAUCAUAGAUAAUAAUCGAUGCCAUCAAUUAUAGAAAUCAGCCCCAUUGUCAAUGGCCAUGCUCUGUGUAACGGGCCCAUGAGAACUUUUCUUAAAAGUUGUCAUUAUCUAAGAGUUACUGUAGUAAAUAUUGAGGCACCUGUGCUUUUUGGGCAAUCAAAUAACGGAUAUUUGUCAGAUCUGACAAAUUGUCAAAUUAUGGACAUUGAUGAAAUGCCCCCUUGAUUUCCUUCAUUUAAAUCAAUAAUCUUAAUCAAAACUGCUCUCCUGUAGUUUUGUUUUCUUCUUAAGUAAAUUACUGUAUCUUAUUUAGAAAUGUUUGGGUUGAUUUUUCUGUAAAUACCAUUAAAAUUUUAUAUACUUAUUGAUAUACAUGUACCAGCAUGAAAAAUUUUUGAGCUACGCUUGAUUGUAAAUAAAUCCUUGAAUCCUUCUGUACAUGUUGGUGAGUGUCAGAGAUCAGUCUAAAGAUUGUCAGCCUAAGAAAAGUUAAAGAGUACAUGUACAUGUAAGCCCAUGAAAUGGUAUACUGCUUUAUUUUAAGAAUUCCGUCCAACUUUAGAUUAGAUAAUAUCCAAAGCAGUUGAUGUCCAAGCAAGUGUUUAAAAGUGCCUUUUUAUACAGUACUACUAAUAACAUGGAAAUGUAUGUGUAUUUGUUACACAUUUGAGUUUCUUUUUAGCAUUGUAAAAACAAAACUAUAGGGUCCCAUAGCACAAAGGUUAGUGAUUAAUCGUACGCUUGAUUUUCAUGAGUAAAUGAACAAUGUAGUCAAUGCAAUCAUGAAAAAAAAAGUUCUACCAUGAUUGCUAAGCUUUGUGUUACAUGCCCCGGGUGUAUGUAUUUUUAUAUCAGAGACAUCUGAAAGUAUAUUGUGUUUUUCAGUGAAACUUCUGUACACUUGACAAUUAGAUAUCUCUAAUCUAUAUGUAGCAAGCAAGGCUUUUUUGUAUUUAAAGAUGAUCAAUUUGUAGAUAUCAACCAGCUACAUGUAUGUUGCAUAGCCCGUCUGUAUACAUUCCAUCAUUUGCCUUAUCCACAUUUGCAUCUUGUGUUUCUUUUAAUUUUCAUGUGAAAUAAUAAUAAUUAUGCACAAUUCUUACAUCUCUAUCAGCUUCCAAAAGAAUUGGAUAUUAUUACCUUGCAUAAGCGUUAGCCCAAGCAGCCUUUUACAGCAUGCAGUCAUUUUAAGAAAAUUACUUUUCUACAAAAAGAGUGUACAAGAAUAAUUUCCAUGGUUGUACACAUAUUUUUUUAUGGGGGGUAUGUGUAUGUACAUGUAUGGUUUUUAAUAACAGAUCACAAAGGAGUGUGGGGAUGAUUUAAUGUAAAUUGAACUUUUCGGCCUGUACUCUGAAGUCAGGUUUAACUAAGAUCACAGUCUAACUCUGUGCUAAAAUUAUGGGGAGCAAAAAAUUUCAUUUUAUAUUGUAUAUCUCUUAUGUUCAGUAUUUUGUUUCAUAUUACUUUCAUAACAAAGAAAAAUUCUUCAGUUAUCAUUCCCAGACAAUUAUCAACAAUUUGGGUGUCAUACGAUUUAAAAAAUAAACCCGGAGUUCAGAAUACUGGAUCCGUCACACACUUUUAGUGGAAUUUUGUUAAAAUCUGCAUUUAAGAAUAUACAUCUUGGGCAAAACAAUGGAGGGGGUAAUUUCCACUCUCCAGUCCCUCCUUUGUUGUGUAUGGCAGUGAUAAUAUCAAAAUGGUAUGUGACACUAUUUAGAACCUGAAUGUUUGGGCUCUUCAAGUCCUACCACUGUCUGCUUUGCAAUGACAAAAUGAAAUAAACGUCAAAGAUGACAUUUCCCAUAAAAGAGCAAAAUGUAUGUCAUUUAUGCUGACGUUUAUUUUGCUCUCAGUUUUUUGAUUGGCACACAAUGUAAAUUAAAGGCAAUACAUCAAUAUUGUAUUUUAAAAUGGUUGAUAUUCUUCUAUUAUGCUAUAGUUUUGAGCCCAAUGUCAUUUACAGUUAACUAUAUUAUUAACUACCAUGAUUGUCUAUUAUCAUGGUAAUUACCAUAAUUGCAAAAUAUUAUUUUCUGUAUGAAUUAGAAACUUGUAGUUGAGCUCUCGAACCCUAAACCAUCUACAAAGCUCAUUUAAUAGUUAUUAUUUUCACCUUCUUUUGGAGUCGAGACUGUGGACAAUGACAAAGUUUUCACCUUUCACAUUGGUAUUGCAUUUUAUUAGUGAGUGUGAUUUUUAUAUUGAGAUAUAUAUGCAUUCCAUCGCAUGAUCAAUUGUGUGCUGAUCUACAUUGGAAAAUAAACACACAGUAAAUAAUACAAUUAUUACA